CACUCUGCUGCUGGUCAGACAGUGCGCACUGCUGACCUCCGCACACACCAUCACUCCACCAGCAGGAUUUCUUAUCACAUUUUUACUUGCACAGGACUUCUGUUUGGGGUUUUCUUUGCAGGGAUACGUGUUGGGUGACCCCUUUAAGUGUAUUCUUUAUUGUAGGACACCAGUGAGGACACAGCAUGCUGUCGUCCCUGAAGACCCUGCUGCUGCUCUCGGUCCUGUGCACACCGACCUCCAGCCUGUGCCUCCGCCUCUACCACACGCGCACCGACCUCCUGUGCGACGACCAGAUGGAAGUCGGGGUCCGGAGCGACGAGGACGCGCCAGGAUACUCCCCUGUGGACGGCUGGGGGUCCCUCCUGCAGUCCUCGGAGUAUCUCACCUCCUCCUCCUCCUCCUCCUCUUCUGCCGAGUCCAGCCGGGAAAAAAGGACUUCAAGUCCCGCAAACUACCGCUUCUUGAGCCGGACGAAGCUCAGAGGGCAGAUGCUCCGCAACAGCAGCAAAGGGGACCGGAGGAGCAGGCUGACUCUGUCCCUGGAUGUCCCGACCAACAUCAUGAACGUCCUCUUUGAUGUCGCCAAGGCUAAAAACCUGCGCGCAAAGGCGGCGGAGAACGCGCGCCUGCUGGCUCAGAUCGGACGGAGAAAGUAAACACGUUGGACAAAUUAGGUGGAACAGCCAUGACCGGUGUUGGCCUCCUCGUUACUCUGAUGUAAUGAAUUACUUUUAAGUCACUUUUAAAGUAAUGGUGUUGAUUUGUUUCUGCAGGGGAAGGUGGUUCUUUCCAUUCACAUCACAGGUUGAUUUCUAUAACUGGGUUGCUCUCAUGUGAAAAAUCCUCUUAUUUAAUUCAUUAUUUACUUAUUUAUUUAUGUGCUCCAGUCAAAAUAUUAAGGGAGCAGCCUUUUGGGGAAAUAAAUGGCAUGAAUUAAUGAAAUUUUGUGACUAAAACUUGCUAAUAAAUGCAGCAAAGUGUCAAAAUUACAAAGAUAUUUACUCCUAAAUUGACUGUUGUAUUUAUGCUCCAGUUUAAACCUUUGUGGUGAGAAUAAUCCAUGUGUUUCGUAUGCACAUCAUCAUUUUGUAGCAACAGUGUCACUAAAUUAAAUCAAGAAGGUCAAAAGCAACAAGGACAGAGUUAGUUUACUUACAGAUUAUUGGUCAUUUCAGGCAAGAAAAUGUGACAAUGUGCUUUGGAAACAGAUAAAGUUGUCUCACAGACUCCUUUUAAAUCCGAAAAGAUGAUUUUCGACUUUUAAUUUCUCACUUGCAGCAAAGCAAGACUGCUUUCACUGAAGACGAGAUUUUCUUUGUCAGUAAAAUUAAUGUUUAAUGUGGUCAGUUUGCUCCCUGAGUCAUCAAAUUUUAACUCUUGGACAAAACAAGAAUAACAAAGUAGUUGCGAUCAUCACUUUGUGAAAAAGACCAAUGAGAUGUUUUGUAACUCUGUUGCAUAAUCAUAUUUGAUAUUGUCUGUUUUUUCUCCUCUGCUGUUUUAUUCAUUUAAGAGGUUUUCUGUUCUGAGGUUCACGUGGGAGCCUGUAAUGAUUCCAAGUGUGAGACAUGGGCCGUGGCAACAACACAACACUGAGCACUGACUCUGACCUGCUGUACAAACCAACUGCAACACCAUGAAAUACAGUAAAAUGCAAGUGCAUGAGAAUGUAUGUGUUCAUCAGAUGUCUGUUAUUUUUAUACUCAAAAUAAAGGAUUAUUUUUCCUCAAA